AUGUCCAUCAAUAACAGUGUUAAUGUCUUGCCUGUCUCUAACUCAGACACAACCGGCACUAUUCUAGAUCAUCACACAGAUCGGACCCGCCAGCAGUCUUUCCAGACCACCAUCCCUGCCUCUGGGACCUCUGGCAGCGUUGCUGGCUUCGGCAAUAUUUACGAUGACCAGUGCGGUCAGAAUCACAGAUCUGAGUCGUUCUCCUUUGGCCAGUUGGAUAACAUCUCAUCUUUUGCUGAUUUAGCCGAGUUUGCGACCGGCAGAAAGGGCUCGCUCCCCUGCAUCCGGUCGGCCGAGCCCCGCUUCAUGGUCCCGCCCAGAAGAGCCACCGAUCCAAUCGGUCUUUAUCCGGAUGACACCACUUCGGUGGUCACCGAAAGCCCAAGGCAGCGUUUUACAUACCUGCCGAAGCAAAAUUUCCACAAUUGCGGGCUCGCGAAAAAAAACAACCGCGCGCCAAAAAUGUUGAGACCCCGGUUCGAAUUCCGCUACCUGCAGGAUUUCCAGCCCGCUGGCCAGGUCAACACUUUCAACACUUUUUACCAUCCUGCAGCUCAAGACUCGCUUCCCGAGCUCCAGAACCAGGCGGGCCAGCCACCCGAGUCACGUGCACUCGGCCCCACAGCCACAGACCCCGCCCGAGCUGUCUCGUCGAGGCAAAUUCCUCAACAGAUGUUUUCCAACGUUUCCUACCAAACACCAUCUUCCAGGUCGAGCCACCAGCCGCCAAAACGCAGAUCAGAGCUCUCGCCGUCGCCUCUAAACCACACAGCAGCCUUGGCCGACCGCGGUGAUGACGUAAGCUUCGUUCUUCCGACCGAUACGCUUAUCGACACCGGUUCUAGCGGCUCUAUAUUCUCCACUGUAUCACACGAUGCCAACACCGUGUCGUCCAUCACCCCGAGAAGCUCCGUGGACUUCAACCCUGGCCUCGAGCCACGUGACGCGGGCUAUUUCUGUGAGAAAAAUGACGAGAAUCUGUUUCAGCCGAAGUAUUUGGCAGCAAACACUGUUACUGCGUCAUCCAGGGCUGUUGGUUCGAACCCGGGCAUGUCAAUGAGCCACAGAACAACGUUCAACGGUGGCCUUGGCGCCGGAAGCUUGUACGGCAGGUCUUCAUCUCUUGGAUUCGGCGAUAACGAGAUGACAGUUUACAACGAGGAUCGCGUGCAGGAGCAGCAGGGACGAAAAUGCGUGGAGUUGAGUCUCGCAGAGAGUGGAAUAGAGUACGGAGACCCGGUGAUCUUGAAGCUGCUCAAGCCCAGAAAGAGAAAGAAGUACGGAGAUUACAAGUGUCUGCACUGUGGCCAGGUGUUCCCUAGUGUUGUUGUUUUCGCUAAGCACUUGGACGAAAAUCGCCUCAUUAGAUUCAAGCCUCCUGCCGAUUCCAAAGAAAGCGAGUAUUUAUUUGGCACAAGCACCCCCGGACCAGAGACCAGAACCUUAAUAGCCUCGAGAAAAGUCGCCAGUGUCGACGGAAUGAAGAUGAAUAUUUGCGGCAUAAAAGGAUGUGGACGGAUGUUUAAGCGUAAGGACUCCUUGCGUCGCCAUGAGCGGUUAGUUCACGAAAAUAAGAACAGUCGCUUUAACCAACGCUUGAAAAUGCAAUGCAUUGUUCUUGGUGAUCAUGAACCCGUGGGAAGUUCCGAUUGA